AUGGCUCCUCCUCCACGCUUGCGAAUCCUGUCCGUGGGUGGCAAUGCGAUUUCGGCCUUUUUGUCCUGGCGACUUCAGGCGACAACCUCCUGCGAUGUGACUCUGGUCUGGAAAGCCGGCUUUGAAGCUGUCUCUCAAUAUGGUGUCUCAUUCAAAUCGAAAGCUUUUGGCAAUGAGCGGUUCAAACCCCGUCAUGUGGUCCGCAAUCCUGAAGAUGCCUCAUCCCGUGAAAACGCCUACGACUAUGUCAUCCUUUGUGUAAAAGCCCUCCCCGACGUCUACGACCUGGCUGCGGUCAUCGAAUCUGUGGUCACUCCUCAACACACCUGCAUCCUCAUCAACACCACGAAUACCAUUGGCAUCGAAACACAUCUGGAGCAACGCUACCCAACCAACGUCGUCCUCUCCCUCGUGUCCUCGGUGGAAAUCUCCCAAACCGGCCCGAGCGAGUUUGAGCAUCUGAGUUCCAGCGCAAUCUAUGUGGGCGCUACCAACAAGCAAUCCGCCAUCCCGACUUCCAUUCAAAACGAUAUGGCGGGCGCAUUAGCGAUGACUUUAAAUUCGGGACAAGUCGACUGUAAGGUCUCGGAUAAUAUCAGACAGGAGCAGUUUGAGCGAAUGAUUGGCCCGAUCGCGUUCCAUCCCGCCAGCGUGUUGUUUGAAACCCCCAGCCUAGCACAACUCUUGGAAAAAGUCGGGGUUCGACAAUUGGUGACGGGCGUCAUUGAUGAGCUGCUCGAGCUCGCCUCGGCGCAGGGCUGCUCAUUUCCGAGCGAUUUCCGCCAAAAAACGAUCGAGAAGAUGACUGCGUCCGAAGCCCCGAUGACCAUGUAUCAGGACUUCCAGGCUCGGAGGCCUAUGGAAGUCGAGACCUUCCUCGGGUCGCCCAUCAAACUGGCUAUCGAAUCCAACGUCCGUGUGCCCCGGAUCGAAGCCAUGUACGCCAUGCUCCACCACGCCAAUAUUGUGAAUCAGACCAAGCCUCGACAAGGGGAUUCCCCGCCUGCAUCGAUCAUAGGCCACCCGCCUCCCCGAUUGUCCUCUGCGCCGCCGCAACAACGGCCACCGCCACCGAUGAACGGUGCUGCUAUGCGAUCGAGCCGAACGAAUUCAAGCAUGGGCAUUCCCCAGCAGCGACGCGGGCCACCACCAGGUAUGAUGCCGCGACCGCCGGGUGGGCCGCUACUGCCUCCGGGCAACCGUGUCUCGCGCGAUCCGUCAAUGGAGGGCCUGGAAGAGUUCAGCCAUCUGGUCGUUUACGAUGAUGCGGAGGGUGGCUUCUCCCACCAAAAUGGCAGCAAUGGGUACCCCGACGCGAGCCCUGGCCCUGCUGCCGCUGAUUUGGCUUUGAGAGAGCGCGAACUGGCCCUUCGCCAGCGUGAGCUGCAAGUACGGGAACAGGAGAUGGGCAUGCGACGGGGCCUACCCCGCCGUGGACCCCCUCCCAGAGCAGCGGCCUUUGACGAGGAGGAUGAAGAUUAUUUCGACCCAAUGGAUACCAUGGCGAUUCCUCACAUUGAUCCAGACAACGUCGAUAUGAUGAGUAUUACCUCCCGUCGCGCAAGAAAGGCCCCGAGUGCCAGUCAGAUACGCAAAAACCCCGAGUUCGCCUCCGGCGGCCCUCCGAGCAGCCGGCCCUCGUCGUCGGCUUUUGGUCGAUACUUCGGCAGGAAACGCCCGACCGAUCGCGCCAUGCAGGAAAUUCCGGGUCUCCACGACUCUCUCAUGGAUAACCCGAUGAUGAGCUACUCGUCUAACAGAUACGGAGCCGUCGACCGCAACCAGCUACACGCGGACUCGCGCGCCAACUCCCUCACAACGAGCCACAUGGGUGAUUUCCCGCCACGUCCCUACCCGACCAGCCGACGGAACAGUCAGUCCCCCGCGACGCCGUUUGGGGGACCGGGCGGUCCACCCGGUCCCCGAAUGAGCCGCCCUGUCACCGCCCACGACCCGAAUCUCGGACCCCCUGGUGGACCUCAUAACGGCCAGCCGUCCCCCCCUGGCAACAUGCGUACCCCCGUCCCUCGGUAUCCGCCAGGACCCGGCCAUGCGAUGGGACCGCCGCAAGUUGAGCAACACUAUGGGGUGAGCAAACAGUAUCCCGCCAAAGGCCCUCCCAAGAACAAGAGUCUGACCGGAAGUGCGAGCGCCAGCGCGGAGAGUGGUGAUAGUGGAGCCAGUGCCAACCUGGAUUCCGAAGCAUCAGCUCACAGCAGCCAGGUGAGCCUCGGCGGCCAGCAAGCCGUUGCGGCGCCCGUUCGCUGA